UUUACACACGGGGUAGCUGAGUUGGAAAGGAUCAUGGCGGAGCGCAGGAGGCACAAGAAGCGUAUCCAGGAGGUGAGCGAGCCCACCAAGGAGGAGAAGGCGGUGGCCAAGUACCUUCGGUUUAAUUGCCCCACCAAGUCCACCAACAUGAUGGGUCACCGAGUCGACUACUUUAUUGCCUCCAAGGCCGUGGACUGCCUGCUGGACUCCAAAUGGGCCAAAGCUAAGAAAGGAGAAGAGGCGCUGUUCACCACCAGAGAGUCGGUGGUAGAUUACUGCAACAGACUCUUAAAGAAGCAGUUCUUCCACCGAGCUCUUAAGGUGAUGAAGAAGAAGCCAGAGAAAGACGCUAAGAAAGAGAAGGAGAAAGAGAAAAUCAAGAGUGACAGCAGCAAAGAGGAGGAGAAAAAAGGGAAGAAAGAGAAAGAGAAGAAGAAAGAGUCUGAAGUUGCUGAAACCAAGAAAGAGAAAAGUGAUGAAAGCCCAGGAACCCCAAAGAAGAAGAAAGAAGUGAAGAAAAAGUUUAAACUGGAGCCUCAUGAGGAUCAGCUGUUCCUGGAUGGGAAUGAGGUGUACGUGUGGAUUUACGACCCGGUUCAUUUCAAAACGUUUGCAAUGGGUUUGAUCCUCGUUAUUGCAGUGAUUGCAGCAACCCUGUUCCCGCUGUGGCCUGCAGAAAUGCGUGUUGGAGUUUACUAUCUGAGUGUUGCAGCUGGCUGCUUUGUGGCCAGCAUCCUGCUUCUAGCAGUCGCUCGCUGCAUCCUCUUCCUGAUUAUCUGGCUGGUGACCGGCGGACGCCAUCACUUCUGGUUCCUGCCCAACCUGACCGCAGACGUGGGCUUCAUCGACUCGUUCAGGCCGAUCUACACGCACGAGUACAAAGGGCCGCGAAGCAGCGACAAGAAGGGCUCCGACAAGACUGACGAGAAGGACGGCGCCGCCUCCCUCAAGGCGCAGAAGUCGGACAGCGACGAAAAGUCGGACAGCGAGAAGAAGGACGGCGACGACGAGGAAGAGGACGAAGACGAGGAGAGCAAAGAGGCGAAGGGAGACGCGACGGAAGACCGCCACUCGGAUACGGACAGCGACCGCCGGGAGGACGAAGGCUCGCAGCACAGCAACGGAAACGACUUUGAAAUGAUCACCAGGGAGGAGCUGGAGCAGCACACAGAGGAGGAAGAGGAGGAGGAGGAGGAAAACGAGGAAGAAGGAGAGGAGGAAGACGAGGAGGUGCACGAGAGGAAAGAGGGCAGCGAGAGUAAAGUCCAGACUGCUGAGACAUAAACUUCCAGUUCCAUCACUCUCGUUUCCUCCCUCCCUGCUGUGAUCCCAGGACCUGCUUGUCCAGCCUCUCUGGCAGCACAGAGGCUCCGUCUCAUGUUGUUGAGAUCUUCCUUCCACUAAACAGAACCGGGAUAGACACAUCGCUCACAGGUUUACGGCCAUAAUGAUGGGGAAAAUGUUUAAAAAAAGAAGAAGAAGCCUUACGGUGGAAAUGAUUCCUUUCCAAUUAAAUGUUAUUUAUGUUAAAAUGAAACUGCUGUUUGCCUGAGGAACCUAUCAAAACACCGCCUGCCAGGGUCUUUACUUCAGUUGGAGAACAAGAAGAGGUCCAAUCUAGAUGAUUGUGGGAAGUCGUGUUUCACCGGUCAGGACGUUUUGGCACUUCCUGUCCGGUCAUCUGGUGAGUCCGGUAGAUUCCUCAGGCAGAAGGACAAUCGUGGUGCCAGCUGUUCAUCCUGAGCUCAGCCAGACGGACCAAAUCCCCAAAACCACAGAGGCAGAUUAAAGGUCUGCAGAGUCUCUUCAGAUUCAUCUCAAUUCAUUAAUUUAUUCACUAAUUCAAUUCAGAGAGGAAAACUUCUGUGUUACAUAAAUUCUUUGCACAUGUUCAGAUAUUUGACUUGUUUAUUUUGAUGAAUAUGUCUUACAGCUAAUAGCCACAUCAGCAGGCCUUGUUGCUGGUGCAGUUUUUUGUUUUAGUUCCACUCAACUUCCAACUUAUUCAUUUCAUUCAAUUCAUGACACUUCUUUUUUUAUUUUAUUUAGUUUUAUUCAUUAGCUGUAAGUCUUAGUCAUCACUAUGAACAAAAUAAACUUUUGAAACAUUUUACCGCGUAAUAAAUCUUAGUUUAACUUUUUGAACUGAAAUACUCUAAUCGAUUGAGAUGCUUUUGUUUUUUUUGUUUGUUUGUUUUUUAAAUAAUCUUAUUGCAGUUGCCCUUUCAGUAUAAAAUAUUUUUUCAUGUAAUUUAUCUCUACAAGUACAUUUAAGCUACCGGAGACAGCUGGCAUGCUAAAUAUUUUUUUAGAUUUUGUUAAUACUGCAGAAUUUGCUGAUGAAUUAACUCUGUAAGAGCUGAAGUUGGGAACAAACCAGAUCUAAAGUGAACUCUAGUGCCAAACACACCAAAUAACUAAAGCGAUGCACGAUUAAACUCGAGCAUCUGAGUUCAGUUUUAUUAAGCCAUUUGUUUUGUAACUACAGUGUCAAAAAUGCUCUCAAAAAGCACAGCGCAAAGUUGUUAGCAUGCAGGUAAACAGAGAGGAUUCUGGUCUCAAUGAAACCGUUAAAACUGCGUUCACACCAGACUCACCCAAAGGAGUUGUAUCUAGACUUGCGCAACCAAUCAGUGGGCUUAUUUUUUGAGUCCAGAUCCGCUCACUGAUUGGCUGAGAUCCAGUCACUGAGGUCCAAGCUGUUCUUUCACUUUAUCUUUGGGUUAGAGGCUCUUUUUAGGCAUAGCAAGGAUUAUAUUUAAGUAUAAAACAGAAAUGUAUCGUUUAUAUAUGGAUUCUAUUAAUGUAUCAGAUAUAUGCAUAUAGUACUCAAAGUCUAAGCCUAUAAAACAACUUUUUUUCAUUUGUUCUGUCAUUGUUUCUAUCUAAAUCAUAGAGAAUAACUUUUAAAAGAUAGAAUCUGGGAAUCAUUGGAUUGCAGCAUUAUUAUUUUUUAUUAGAUUUGCAGCUAUGUCAAAGUGUGUGAUGUGGUUGGUUGUGAGUUACCAGGUCUAUUUUUCUCCCUCUAACAAAGAAACCUGAAGUUUCCUGUAACACAAACUGAUAAAAAGGUUUAACAUCAACACAGCUUUCUGUACGUCGUCUAGUCUAAGUAGUUUUUUUUCCCUUAAUGUAGUCCUAACGAGGUGCCGCAUUCUGAUUUUUCUAAUUUGCAUGUCGUCCUGUUUAUCAUUCUGUUUCCAUCAUUUUUUUAAUUUUUCCUUUUUAAAAAAAUAAUUUUUCCUUUUUUUUUGUUGUUUUGAAACGGGCAAAAGUGCAUCUGUUUGCGGAGAUGCCAGCAGCUCAACUCUGAUUCUUCACACAAAAACAAAACGAUUCUCCCAGCUGUUCUUGACUGUUGCAAACUAUCGAUCUGUUGUGUAUCGUAGUAUCACCCUAUGCUGCUGCUGCUGCUGCUGUUUCUCGUCGCACAUUUACAGGGAAAAUUCAAGUAAAAAUGUUUUAAAAAAAAAACCUUCCACAUUUUAUCUCUGGUGUCUUUUAUUUUUUACCACCUUGUCGAUGUCACUCUCAAGACUGUCUUCUAAGAUAUUGAAGUGUAAUUUACUGAAAUUGGAUGUCUGGAUUAUAUCUGUAUGUUAUCAUUGCAAUAAAAACCUAGAAAGCA